UCUUGGCAUGAUACAUUUUUGGAAGCGUAUCAGCAAUUAAGGUGCUAUCUUUUUCUCUCUCUUUCUCUCAUGGCGGUGCGUUUGGGCUUGGUUUCUCUCUUCAAGCGCUCUCUCUCCGCCUCAUCUCGGGUUGGUUCUGCUCUUGGUGCAGGUACUCAAAGAUUUGGUACUGUUGCAGCGGUUGAGGAACCGAUCAGUCCACCAGUUGAGGUGAAUUACACCAAGCUGUUGAUUAAUGGCCAGUUUGUUGAUUCAGCCUCAGGCAAGACUUUUCCUACUUUGGAUCCAAGAACUGGGGAGGUGAUUGCUCAUGUGGCUGAAGGGGAUGAAGAGGAUGUUAACAGGGCAGUGUCUGCUGCUAGGAAGGCAUUUGAUGAAGGACCAUGGCCUAGGAUGACUGGUUAUGAAAGAUCUCGUGUUCUCAAUCGUUUUGCUGAUUUGAUUGAGAAACACAAUGAUGAGAUUGCGGCCCUUGAGACUUGGGACAAUGGGAAGCCUUAUGAGCAAUCAGCUCAAGUUGAGAUUCCCAUGGUGACCCGCUUGAUUCGAUAUUAUGCUGGUUGGGCGGACAAGAUACAUGGUCUUAUAGUUCCAGCUGAUGGACCACAUCAUGUGCAAGUCCUGCAUGAGCCAAUUGGUGUUGCUGGUCAAAUUAUCCCAUGGAAUUUUCCUCUUCUCAUGUUUGCCUGGAAAGUUGGCCCAGCACUUGCGUGUGGUAAUACUAUUGUACUGAAGACAGCAGAACAGACUCCUCUGUCUGCUCUAUUUGUGGCACAACUAUUGCAUGAGGCUGGGCUUCCUGAUGGUGUUUUGAAUGUGAUCUCUGGAUUCGGUCCAACUGCUGGUGCAGCUCUUGCCAGCCACAUGGAUGUAGAUAAACUUGCAUUCACUGGAUCAACACAAACUGGCAAGAUUGUUCUUGAGCUGGCUACUAAAAGCAACCUCAAAUCAGUGACACUAGAGCUUGGAGGCAAGUCACCUAUGAUCAUAUUGGAUGAUGCCGAUAUUGACCAGGCUGUAGAGCUUGCACAUUUUGCAUUGUUCUUUAAUCAGGGCCAAUGUUGCUGCGCCGGCUCUCGGACAUUUGUACAUGAACGCGUAUAUGAUGAGUUUGUAGAGAAAGCCAAAGCACGCGCCUUGAAGCGUGUUGUUGGUGACCCUUUUAAAAAGGGUGUUGAACAAGGUCCUCAGAUCGAUGAAGAACAAUUCAAGAAGAUUCUGAAAUACAUCCAGUCUGGUAAGGAUAACGGGGCAACACUUGUAUCAGGUGGUGAUAGAAUAGGUGACAAAGGCUACUACAUUCAGCCUACUAUCUUCUCAAAUGUGAAGGAUGAAAUGGAGAUCGCGAGAGAAGAGAUCUUUGGACCUGUUCAAUCCAUUCUGAAGUUCAAUGAUCUUGAUGAGGUGAUUCGGAGAGCAAAUGCAACUCGGUACGGCCUCGCUGCUGGAGUUUUUACUAGCAAUCUAGAGAAAGCCAACACCCUAAUGCGCGCAUUGAGGGCUGGAACUGUAUGGAUCAACUGUUACGAUGUCUUCGAUGCUGCAAUUCCGUUUGGUGGCUUUAAGAUGAGCGGCCACGGGAGGGAGAAAGGUAUCGAUAGUCUUAAGAACUACCUGCAAGUUAAGGCUGUCGUGACACCAAUCAAGAAUCCUGCUUGGCUUUGAUCUCAUUUGCCUUUUGUUCUAUUGCUGUAGCUGUUUCCUUAUUUUCUUUUUGCCUUGUGAAGGAAUGGUUGAAUAAAGUUUUGGUAGCUCUGAUGAGUUGCUUCCCGGGCCUUUGUAUUUUGAAUUUAUUAAUGACAUUAUUCUAAAGUGAUCUUAUCUCAAUUGCUUACUAAA